GUUGGUCAUAACUGACGGUGGACAAAAUUCACAUUUUGACAAUGGAUUUUUAUUCAUGUUUUGGGCGUUCCGACGAUAUUUGUUUAUCUCCAAAGAAGGGAAAUGGAAGAUAAACAAAAUCUGGAAAGCGUCGUGUUAUCUUUGCUGUAAUCCGGUGCUUAUCAGCCGACGCACCUGACAAGCAUAUCUAAUGACAAGUGCGGCUUCUGUGCUUUUGUUUAUCUUGUUUUAUAUCGUGCCUUGCCAAAACCAUGCCACGCUGGCUACUGGUCAUUUCAGUAUUAUUAUUAAUAGUAGAAUUAACGCUAGAACUAGAUGACAAAGUCAAUGAGAAAUGGAUCAACCAUGAAGCCUCCGAGAUUCCACCGCACAAACUGGCAAAAGUGGCGCGAAUGACUGACAUGGCCCACUUGAAGGAUGCCAUAAAGAACAUCCUCAUUCCAAGGGUCGUAGGGACGCCAGGCCACACUCAAGUCAGAGAGUACAUCAUGAAGACAAUGGAAAACCUCGGCUGGGAGGUGACGGUUGAUAAGUUCAAAGACACAGCGCCGAUCGUUGGACGCUUAACUUUCCAAAAUAUCAUAGCAAAACUGAACCCAAAAGCUGAGCGGUACCUGAUGCUUGCCUGCCACUACGACAGUAAGUUCUACACAGACUUCGAGUUCCUUGGCGCCACCGAUUCGGCCGUUCCCUGCGCGAUGAUGCUGAACCUGGCCCAGGUUAUGAAGACAGAGCUCAAGAGCGCCGCGGUGAAUGACAAGCUCAGCCUUAUGUUCGUUUUCUUCGACGGCGAAGAAGCGUUCCAAGAUUGGACUGAGAAGGAUUCGAUUUACGGCGCUCGUCACCUUGCACAAAAAUGGGAAAAGGACGGCUUCCUGAAGAAAAUCGAUAUGAUGGUGCUGCUCGAUCUUCUCGGAGGCGCAGAUCCCAACUUCUACAGCUUCUUCAAGAAGACGGAGUCGUGGUACAUGCUGCUCGUCUCGAUCGAGGAGCGCUUGGCCGAGGGGAACUUCAUGUCGGACUACACAGUCAGCGUGAGCUCGGCUGCGUCGCGGAAGAUGACCAACCGGUACUUCCAGACAAUGUCGUCGAAUGCACUUAUUGAGGACGAUCACAUUCCCUUUCUGAAGCGUGGUUUGCCGAUUCUGCACGUAAUUCCGAUUCCGUUUCCGGAGUGCUGGCACAAGGAGUGCGACAACGGAGACCUUAUUGACUAUGAAACGACUGAGAAUUUGAAUAAGAUUUUCCGGGUCUUCGUACUUGAGUACCUGAACAUUGAUGUCUAGCACGAAAUGGCGAUGGCACAGCGACAAGAGGCCGUUUUAAAUGUAACGUAGUAUUCUCUAGACUUGUAAUGGGCGUCCGAAGCAGCUUUAAAAUUACUGAAUAUGGUUCCUUAUAUUUCGGGGUGCUUAAAGUGUUUUCCCACUUAAUGGAUUUUAUUAAUUUUAAAAGCAAAGUAAAUUGUAUAUUUGAUGUCAUACGUACAAUAGAGAAACAAUUCGAAAGGA